AUGCAUAAGCCUGGCGAUAUAGUUCUCGGUGGGCUCUUUGAGGUCCACUACACCUCUUUCUUCCCUGAGCAGACAUUUACCUCAGAGCCACAACAGCCCAUCUGCACAGGUUUUGACACUCUAGGGUUCAGACAUGCCAUGACCAUGGCCUUUGCUAUUGAAGAGAUCAACAAGAACUCCAAUCUGCUACCUAACAUGACUUUGGGAUAUAGUCUUUAUGAUAACUGUGGUGCACUUGUUGUUGGAUUCGGUAGUGCAUUAUCACUUGUCAGUGGUCGAGAAGAGCAUUUUCUGCUUCAGCAGAACUGUUCAGGGACCCCUCCAGUCUUGGGGAUUGUGGGUGAUUCCUAUUCUACAUUUACUAUUGCCACCUCCAAUGUGCUAGGUUUAUACAAAAUGCCCAUUGUGAGUUAUUAUGCCACAUGUUCCUGUCUGAGUGACAGGCAACGGUUUCCAUCCUUCUUUAGAACAAUCCCGAGUGAUGCUUUCCAGGUGCGUGCUAUGAUUCAGAUUCUAAAACACUUUGGCUGGACUUGGGUAGGCCUAGUGGUCACAGAUGAUGAUUAUGGACUCCAUGUUGCUCAAUCUUUCCAAUCUGACCUGGCUCAAUCUGGUGGAGGAUGUCUGGCCUACCUAGAGGUUCUGCCUUGGGACCACGAGCCAGCUGGACUAAGAAGGAUUGUGAAAGUGAUGAAUAAAUCCACAGCUCGUGUGGUUAUGGUGUUUGCACAUGAGGGUCACAUGAUUUACCUGAUGGAAGAGGUGGUGAGGCAGAAUGUAACAGGCCUGCAGUGGAUAGCAAGUGAAGGUUGGUCAGCAGCUACUGUGCUCCAGACCCCGCGCCUUAUGCCAUACCUAAGUGGCACACUGGGCAUCGCCAUCCGUCGAGGAGAAAUAGCAGGGCUCCGGGAAUUCCUCUUACGAUUACGUCCCGACCAAGAUAAAAACUAUGAGAAUAAUAUAGUUAGGCAGUUUUGGGAAUCUACAUUUCAUUGUAGCUUUGGUACAGCAGGUUCGGUUGAAGGCGGGGCAUCUCUAUGCACUGGACAGGAAGAUAUUGAAAAUGUGGAGACUGAGUUUAUGGAUCUCUCUAACCUCAGGCCUGAGUAUAAUAUUUACAAGGCUGUGUAUGCACUAGCAUAUGCUCUUAAUGACAUGCUACAGUGCAAGCCAGGGAAAGGGCCUUUCAGUGGGAACAGCUGUGCUGAUUUGCAAUCAAUGGAGCCAUGGCAGCUUGUACAUUAUGUGCAAAAUGUCAACUUCACCACUUCAUUUGGUGAUCAAGUUUCAUUUGAUGAGAAUGGCGAUGUUUUGCCUAUCUAUGAUAUCAUGAGCUGGCUGUGGCUCCCUGAUGGAAGAACCAAAGUUCAGAAUGUGGGUGAGGUUAAGAGGUCAGACUCCAAAGUUGAGGAACUCACAAUUUAUGAAGACAAAAUCUUUUGGAACUUUGAAUCAAAUAAGUCAGUAUGCAGUGAAAGCUGUCCUCCGGGCACCCGCAUGACCAGAAAGAAAGGGGAGCCUAUAUGCUGUUUUGACUGCAUCCCUUGUUCUGAGGGAAAGAUCAGCAAUAAGACUGACUCCAUGGAGUGCACCAGUUGUCCAGAGGACUUCUGGUCCAGCCCCCAGCAUGACCACUGUGUUCCUAAGGAAACAGAGUUUCUCUCCUACCAUGAGCCUCUGGGUAUCUGCUUGACAACCACCUCAUUGCUGGGAACAUUUAUCUGUGCACUUGUUCUGGGCCUCUUCAUCUAUCAUCGCAGCACACCUAUGGUACGCGCCAAUAACUCAGAACUGAGUUUCCUGCUCCUGGUGUCACUAAAGUUAUGUUUCCUGUGUUCACUUCUGUUUAUCGGCCGACCAAGGCUUUGGACAUGCCAGCUGAGACAUGCAGCAUUUGGGAUCAGCUUUGUGCUUUGUGUCUCAUGCAUUCUGGUGAAAACCAUGGUGGUUCUGGCUGUGUUCAAGGCCUCCAAGCCAGGAGGUGGAGCCAGUCUGAAGUGGUUUGGCGCUAUGCAGCAGAGAGGAACAGUUAUUGUUCUUACUUCUAUUCAGGCUGCUAUCUGCACUGCUUGGCUAGUGUCUUCCUCACCAACUCCUCAUAAAAAUACUCAAUACCACAAUGACAAGAUAGUUUAUGAGUGUGUAGUUGGGUCCACAGUUGGUUUUGCAGUGUUACUUGGUUAUAUUGGUUUACUGGCUAUCCUCAGCUUCCUGUUAGCGUUUCUUGCAAGAAAUCUUCCAGACAACUUCAAUGAGGCCAAGCUCAUCACUUUCAGUAUGUUGAUCUUCUGUGCUGUGUGGGUGGCCUUUGUUCCUGCUUAUGUGAACUCUCCAGGGAAAUAUGCAGACGCUGUGGAGGUAUUUGCCAUCUUGGCCUCCAGUUUUGGCCUCUUGGUGGCACUGUUUGGACCUAAAUGUUUCAUAAUCCUGUUGAGACCAGAGAGGAACACAAAGAAAGCAAUCAUGGGCCGAGGAACCACCAAGUCAUAAAAGCAUUUACAAUUAAGUCUUUAUAUAUAUAUAUAAAGUCCAGAAUCAUAAAUCACAAAUCACAAUUUUUUGCCUUUGUCCAUAGACCUGUGAUUUAGAUUAUCUAAAUGCAAAAGUACUAAAUAACAGAAGUUGCCUGCUAUUUAAAUACAUUUUUUCAUGUAAAAAAUAUAUUUAGAAGAAACUGGAA